AUGGGUUAUUUAAGAUGGCCAUAUCCAGAAGAGAUGCCCUCGGGAUUUUGGGGCGAAACAACCUCGUUAAUAGACUGGUGUGAGGAGAAUUAUGUUGUUUCCAAGUACAUUGCGGAAUGGUCUAAUACACUUACGAAUGCUGUCUUCAUUAUGGCUGCUUUCUAUACGACAUAUAGUGCUUAUAAGAAUAAACUAGAACAAAGGUUUAUUUUUAUUGGACUUUUAUUUUCACUGGUUGGUUUUGGUUCCUGGCUUUUCCAUAUGACAUUGAAAUUUCAUUUCCAAUUAUUAGAUGAAUUACCAAUGGUUUACGCAACGGCUAUCCCAUCUUGGAGUUUAUUCACCGAAAUUUAUCAUUAUACAAAGAAUGACAAUUCUAAAAAUAGUCCUAUAAGGGAACAAUGGAUAUUUGGUCUAUUAGUAACUGGGUUCGUCACAUUUUUAACCUGGGUUUAUCUAGUCCUUCAAAAACCUAUCAUUUUCCAAGUUCUUUAUGGAUUCUUAAACGUUUGGGUUGUUUUCAUUUCGGGUUUCCUAGCAUAUAAGCAUAUGGAAAAAAACCCAACAGUUAAGAAGAAUUUAUACGCAACUAUGGGACUAGGUAUUGUGAUAUUCCUUUUGGGAUUUGUUGCUUGGAAUCUAGAUAUCUAUUUUUGCUCCUUCUGGAUUAAAGUAAGAAGGAAUUAUUUGUUGCUACCCUUAGGUGUGCUGUUAGAAUUGCACGGGUGGUGGCAUUUACUGACCGGUGUUGGUGUCUAUGUGUAUGUUGUCUUUUUGCAAUAUUUAAGAGUGCUAUCCCAAGGUAGGUCAAAUGAAUUCGAUUUUAUUUGGAGGUGGAGAAUAUGUCCUGAAUUAGUGAGAAAGGAAGCUAGUAUUAGAACCAAAUAUUCUUACGAGUUUUUAGGACCCUAUGUAAAUAAUCCAUUGGGCAAGGCUUCUACUCCAAUAGUACCUGAAUUAGAAGGGGAACAACAGUAG